AUGCAAGCAGAAAAUAUUGUCGUUGAACUAUUAAAAAGUAAUAAAUUAGUGUAUAUGUCUGCUCCUAUGGUUAGGUAUUCUAAAUUGCCUUUUAGAAGUUUAGUCCGUAAAUAUGGAUGUGAUGUCGCUUUUACGCCCAUGAUUAUAUCAGAGUCGUUUAUUAAAUCAGAAAAAGCUCGUGCUAGCGAAUUCACAACGGUUGCAUCCGAUAGGCCGUUGAUAGUCCAGUUUGCAGCUAGUAAUGCAUUCGAUUUAGCGGAUGCAACAGAACUGAUUGUUCCAUACGCAGAUGGUGUCGAUUUAAACUGCGGAUGUCCACAGAGGUGGGCUAUGCAUGAAGGUUACGGCGCACAUCUAAUUAAUCAUCCCGAGUUGGUGAAGGAAAUGGUAAGACAUACGCGAUCGAAAAUUUGUAACGAAAAUUUCUCAAUUUCUAUCAAAAUAAGAAUUCAUAAUGAUAUUAAUACCACGGUGGACUUGUGUCGAAAGGCUGAAGCUGCGGGUGUUUCAUGGAUAACUGUACAUGGACGUACGACCUCUGAAAAGCAUACACCUGUUCACUACGAUGCUAUUAAGACAAUCAAAGAUAGUGUAAGCAUUCCAGUCAUUGCAAAUGGCAAUGUAUUCACAGUUGAUGAUGCCCAAGAAAUCUAUGAUAAGACUAAUGUCGAUGGCGUCAUGUCAGCUAGAGGUAUUCUUCGCAAUCCAGCCUUAUAUGCUGGAUAUAGUAAAACCCCUAUAUGCUGUGUGGAAGAUUUCGUACGAAUUACUUCUGAACUGGAAACUCACUUUACUCCUUUUCAUCGUCAUCUAAUAUUCAUGUUAGAAAAAAUUACUUGCAAAUCUGAUAGAGAAUUUUUCUGUUCUUUACGAAGCAAAGAUGAGGUAUUAAAUUAUCUACAUGAUCACCAUCAAAUUUUACUGGAAUAA